UUAAAGUACCUAUUUAUUUUAAUUUUUUGAGAAUAAUUUGUUACUAUUGCACUAUUUUAGAGUGCCUUAUUAGUUAAAAACUCGUCAAAUCGCACGAUAUUGAUAACAUUUCACUAACAGAAAUACAUAAAAUCGCAAGUCCAGUCACAAAAACCAUAAAAUCUUCAACCGAAGGCCGUGGGCCGUGGCCUCAAAACGACAAAAUUCUUAGAAUGUAAAUUGUAAUCAUUCAUUUGUGUAAUUACGUAAGUUAAAUAAUAUUCAUGCUCAUUCUCAACACGUUCACGAUACUCAUUCAGGUCGCGUUCAUUGUUUUCAUGACAUUGCUGUCUAUGAACAUAGUACGUUUCCUAACUGGCGGUUUGAAGAAUAUGGUAGCAAUUGCCCCCGCUGUUUUCGUGAACCACGGAGGUGGUCCUAUGCCCUUAUUGGGCGAUAAGGAUAGUAUAGGACUCACUCGAUUCCUCAGAGAUGAAGUUAAGAAGUAUGUUAACUUGAAAGAGUUGAAAGCAAUAAUACUGGUGACUGCACACUGGGAAGAGUCAAAAGUGACGAUUUCUUCAUCGGAGCAUCAUGAUCUGUAUUUCGAUUACUACGGCUUCCCACCGGAGACUUAUAAGUACAGGUACGAUGCCCCAGGAGAUCCUGAGUUAGCCAAACGUAUUCACACAGAAUUAACCAAAGCUGGCAUUGAUUCCAAAUUGGAUCCAAAACGAGGUUGGGACCAUGGAGUCUUUGUGCCAAUGAUGCUCAUAAAUCCAACUGCCGACAUACCUAUAAUACAAAUCUCUGUAUUAGCCAACCAAAAUCCAGAAGAGCAUUAUAACCUCGGACAAGUACUGCACCAGUUUAGGAAAGAAGGCAUCGCUAUAUUCGGAUCAGGUAUGUCGUACCACAAUAUGAGAGAGUUUAGAUUCAGUCGCAACACUGGAAGAGUCGUCAAUGAAGAGUUUGACGCAUUCCUAUAUAACGCAUGUACUUCAACUAAUGAGAAACGCAAAGAGCAACUGUUGGUUUGGGAAAAGCAACCGGGCGCGUCAGACGCUCACCCACCAAGGGCUGCGGAGCAUUUAAUGCCGUUGAUAGUUAUCGCAGGGGCCGGCGGUGAAGGUCCUGGUGAAAGGGUAUUCAAUUGGGAUCUUACAGGCACUUUUAGGCUGAGCGGAUUUGUAUGGAAGAAUUAAGUUUUAUUAUAAAUCAGUCUUCUACUAAAGCCUUGUCUUACUAGGUAGAUAGGUCGUGGGUUAUGUUUAAUCAUUCUAUUAUGUUACGGUCGUCUACAGUUUUUUCCGCACACCAUGGUCUUGUGCUGCUUUGUACUAUCAAUUUCAUGAUCUAGUUGUUAUAAGUGUCGACUUUGUAUACUCAUUGUCAGUACCGGCGCGCGAGCAAAGCUGAGGCGUACUAUUCCGCACUUACCAGCCAUUCGUUGUCGGAGGGGCCGAAUUGACUUGUACUUAUUCAUAUAUGGUGGAAUUUUCACUAAACAUGUUGGGACCCUAACAUAAAUAAAUAUGCCAUUUAAGCUUAAAAUUCUAGAGCUUGACUGUGUGAACUAAUUAGAGUUAAACAUUUUGCAAUAAUAAACUGUGUGAACUAAUUGAGAGUGUAACCAUUUGGCCCUGUAUGCCUGUGUCCGGAAUCUCAAUCCGCACUAGGCCAGCGUACUGUGGCCUAAAUCCUUCUCAUUCUGAGACCUGUGCCCUGUAGUGGGCCUUUAUGAGCUGGAUGGCGUAAAAUACAUAUUUGCCCUAUGAUUGGUCACACGCAGGUCGCAAGGUGGACUUAUUGUACUAAGAAUGGGGUUGGAAUGAGUGGUAAUUAAAGCCACAAAACAAUGUGCACAAAUCAAAAUAUUUUUAUCGCAAUAAACUAAAGUAGCUUAUUUUAUGUAGGGGAAAAAGACCUAUUCUGCAUUUCCGAUCUCCUUCAUUCAUCUCAGACUAUGUUCCUUAUAGAGUGGAUAGGGCCUGCCUGCGGGGAAUCCCCGUGUUUUGACUGAAUGGCAUGAAUCCCCAUGGCUGAAUUGUCGCGUUCAUCUUGGUGAUCUGAUGUGGUUCGCUUGAUAAGCACCUCCACCCCUCCAAGACUCUUGUCUUGCAUUCAUUUAGGUAUGACCCAUCUGGUAUCUUCGUCAUUGUCUUGUUGAACCACAAAAACAACAGACAAUUGUUAACGACUGGUUAAGUCGCAGAAUAAACUGUUAUGACCUUGAACUCUGGAAGAUAGAGGCUGCUUUAUGCUGAUAUCCUGGAGAUAUACUCGAUCCUGGAUUUUCGUUUAGAGCUUCAUCCAGGACAAUACAAAUAUUUCCAUGUCUAUCAUAUAUCUACCUGCUAAUUUGAUAUUAUAUGGCUUAUGGGGAUUCCCCCAGUUACAAACCAAUGGGAAUGCGUGAAGUAUAAAGGGACCCGAAUUGCCUUACCGCCGUUAUUUGAAUAUAAUCGUGUUAUUUUAAUAUUAUUGCUAGCUUAUAUUAGAAUGGGACCAAAAACUGUGUGUUUCACUAUUAAUGUACUAAUUAUAUGUAAAUAAAGUUUAUAUAAGAGAAUAAAAUAUUUUCAAUG